UCUAGACAGAACAACAUCAUGGCAUUGCGAGCUGCCAAGUGGUACAAGCUGCCCAUAAGCCUGACUGAGCUUUGCAUCGAUACCACAUUGCGCUGCGGGCAAUCUUUUAGAUGGCGGAAAUCGGACGAUGAUGUAUGGUCUUGCGCCAUGCAUGGACGCAUACUCUCCCUCCGCCAGGACGCAGACGCUCUUCACUAUCGCGCCAUCUUCCCAUCCAAACCCGCCCUUCCUACUCUACCAGCAUCUAUCACACCUUCAAUUGCCGCCGAUGACGACGACACUCUCGCUUUCAUAUACCACUACUUCAACCUAACAUCCAACCUCGGCCAGCUGUACGAACAAUGGGCAGCCUCGGACGCCAACUUCAAACGACGAGCACCAAAGUUCACAGGCAUACGAAUACUGCGGCAAGAUGCUUGGGAGGCGCUGAUAGGCUUUAUAUGCAGCAGCAACAACAACAUCAGUCGGAUAUCAGGCAUGGUACACAAUCUGUGUCUACACUACGGCCCGCUGAUAGGACGUAUCGACCAUGUACCGUAUCACGACUUCCCAACACCACAAGCCCUCUGCAAACCAGAAGUGGAAGAGCACCUCAGGAAGCUAGGCUUUGGCUACCGAGCGAAAUACAUUGCAAAGACGGCACGUAUAGUUGCUGAAGGGAAGGGAGGGUUAGCAUGGCUGGAAGCGCUCAGCAACCCAGAAUACCCGCAAUUUGGCGUUGAGCCGAAGCCAGCUGGCGAGCUUCUGGAGGGUGGCAGAGAGGGCUAUCGCAAGGCACACGAAGAGCUGCUUGUGCUCCAAGGUGUUGGUCCAAAAGUUGCUGAUUGUGUCUGCCUCUUCGGACUUGGAUGGCUCGAGUCCGUUCCUGUUGACACACACGUCUGGCAGAUAGCGCAACGCGACUACAAGUUCGGGAAGGGCAAGCACAGCAGUCUGACUGCAGCGACAUAUGUUGCGAUUGGCAAUCUUUUCCGGAAACUCUGGGGCAAGGAAGCAGGUUGGGCGCAUUCUGUCUUAUUCACGGCUGACUUGAAGGCGUUCUCUGAGAGAACAGUCGCAAAGACAGAGGUCAAGGAAGAGGAGGUUACGAUUAAGAUAGAGGGUAACGACGUUGUGGCUGAAGCUGUUGUCAAGCAAGAGACUGUCAAGCGCAAGCGGAUAAAGAAGGAGCCAGAUGAGAACGAACAUCAGGUCCUCGAAGUCAAAGAGGAGGUCACACGAAGGAGCAAAAGACAACGAGCGUAGAGCAUCUUAAGAUACCCCACAGCUCGCCGAGACGUUCGCACUUCAUAUCUUAUCAUUGCCCUGGGUAUGAACGAUACCAAUUAUUAUGUCCACUUAUGCAACAUGGGCAACAUAGCACGAUUUUGAG